CUCGAAAGUCAGCUGCAUUUUCCCGUGAAUUUCAAUUUCAGUUUUUUUGCAUCUCUUCCGCUUUGUAAAAAAGAGACCUGAAAGAGAGGCGGAGAGAGAAAAGGACGCAAGGCAAGCGAAACUCUCUCUCUCAUCUGCUUCUUUGGCAUCUCUUCUCUCUUUCUGCUUCUCUGCUUAACCCUAUCGAAAGCGAGCAAGCAACGCUUUGUCUGUUUGCUCGAUGUAAGUAGAGAGCUUCCAGUUCUUUGCUUACUGCAGUCGAAAGUUAGGAACUUGAAACGUUGUCUUUCCUCACCUCCUCUCAGACUAUGGCGGAGAAGAAGCUCGAGGAGCAGCUGAAGGAAGUAGGAUCGAAGCUGGAGCCUCUUCCUUCCUCAAAGGAUGCGCUGGUUAAGCUAUUGAAGCAAGCUGCUUCAUGUCUUUGUGAGAUGGAUCAAUCACCAUCCCCUACAAUGUUGGAGUCCAUGCAGCAAUUUCUUACUGCAAUUGUGAAGCCAGAACUGCUGAUGCAUCAAGAUAGGGAUGCAAAGCUUCUAGUUGCUACUUGCAUUUGUGAAAUAACCCGGAUCACUGCACCUGUUGCUCCUUACAGUGAUGACGUUCUAAAGGAUAUAUUUCACUUGAUUGUGAGUACCUUUAGUGGAUUAAGUGAUACUGCUGGUGGCCCAUCAUUUGGGAGGAGAGUUGUCAUUUUGGAUACUGUUGCCAAAUACCGGUCCUUUGUUGUGAUGUUGGAUCUUGAAUGUGAUGAUCUCAUUAAAGAGAUGUUCACUACAUUUCUUGCUGUUGCCAGGGAUGACCAUCAAGAAAAUGUGCUUUCAUCUAUGCAAACAAUCAUGGUCGUUCUGAUAGAAGAAAGUGAAGAAAUUAAAGAGGAUCUGUUACUUGUAAUAUUAUCAGUUUUGGGACGUAACAGAAGUGACGUUUCUAAGGCUGCAAGAAGGCUUGCGAUGAAUAUCAUAGAGAAGUGUGCAGUAAAACUUGAAUCUGGUAUCAAACAGGUCCUGGUAUCGUUAAUGUCUGGAGAUAACAGGCUGUCAGAUAUUAAAAUUGACUACCAUGAAGUUGUCUAUGAUAUCUAUUGUAGUGCCCCUCAGAUAUUGUCAGGAGUUGUCCCUUACCUCACAGGAGAGUUGUUGAAUGAUCAGCUAGACACUCGUUUGAAAGCACUGGGGCUAGUUGGAGGUUUGUUUUCCUUGCCAGGGUCUACAAUCACUGAAACGUUUCAGCCAAUCUUUCUGGAAUUCUUGAAAAGGUUGACUGACAGGGUAGUUGAAGUUAGAAUGACUGUCCUAGAGCAUGUAAAAGGCUGUUUGCUUUCAAACCCUCUUCGUGCAGAGGCCCCUCAAAUUAUAUCUGCCUUAUGUGAACGAUUACUGGACUAUGAUGAGAACAUUAGAAAGCAAGUGGUUGAGGUGAUCUGUGAUGUGGCUUGUCAUGCCCCGGGUUCUGUUCCUUCUGAAACUAUGAAGCUUGUCGCUGAUCGUCUUCGGGACAAAUCUCUUACUGUUAAAAGAUGUACCAUGGAGAGAUUAGCUGAAUUCUUCAAGGUUUAUCACACGAAAUCUCCGGAUUGCUCCAUCACUUACCAUGAAUAUGAAUGGGUUCCUGGGAAGAUUUUGAGAUGCUUUUAUGAUAAAGAUUUUAGAUCAGAUGCAAUUGAGUAUGUUCUCUCUGUGUCUUUGUUUCCAAGUGAACUCUCUACAAUAGAUAGAGUUGUGCUGUGGUUGAGAAUCCUCUGUACCUUUGACAAAGUUGAGGUUAAAGCUCUCGAGAAAUUAAUGGAGCAAAAGCUAAGAGUACAGCAAGAGAUGCAGAGGUAUAUCUCUCUUAGGCUGAUGGAUCAGGAAGGUGAUGCACCUGAGAUCCAAAAGAAAAAACUGCUCUGCUUCCGGAUUAUGUCUCGUUCCUUUGCUGACCCUACUAACGUUGAGGAGAAUUUUUUGAUACUUGAUCAACUGAAAGAUGCAAAUAUCUGGAAGAUUUUAUCAUCCCUGCUUGAUGUAAAUACUAGCUUCCAACAAGCUUGCACUAGUCGGGAUGAUAUGCUAAAAAUACUUGGUGAAAAGCAUCGGCUCUAUGAUUUUCUCAGCAGCCUGUCUGUGAAGUGUUCAUAUUUACUUUUCAAUAAGGAGUACGUCAAAGUGAUUAUUUCGGAGGCCGGGGCACAUAAGUCUGCGGGGAACACAGAACUCACUCGCUCAUGCAUGGAUGUAUUGGUGAUGCUUGCACGUUUUGGGCCAUUGCUAUUUGGGGGUGCUGAAGAAGAAUUGAUAAGUUGCUUAAAGGAUGAAAACGAAAUAAUCAAAGAAGGUGCAUUACAUGUUUUGUCUAAGGCUGGUGGCACCAUCAAAGAACAACUUGCAGCGUCAUCAAGUUCUAUUGACCUCAUAUUGGAAAAGUUGUGCCUUGAAGGCAGUCGAAGGCAAGCAAAGUACGCGGUGCAUGCUCUUGCUGCAAUAACAAAGGAUGAUGGGCUCAAGUCCCUCUCUGUUCUAUACAAGAAGCUUGUUGGCAUGCUAGAAGAGAGGAUAAAUUUGCCUGCUGUUCUCCAGUCUCUGGGAUGCAUUGCGCAGACGGCCAUGCCAGUUUUUGAAACUAGAGAGACCGAAAUUCAAGAAUUCGUGAAAAGCAGAAUUCUGAAUUGCAAAAGUGCUUCCCCGUUGCCGCAACCAGGGGGUAAUGCAAAAGUUCGUUGGGAUGAUGUAACUGAAGCUAGCUUAAUGAAGAUAUAUGGACUCAAGGUUUUUGUCAAAAGCCACUUGCCUGUUAAAGAUUGGCACCUUCGUCCUGGUAUUGACGACCUUUUAGGAACAAUGAGGAACUUACUGCGACAUGGUGAAACAUCCCAGGAAACAGAAUCAAGCUUGGUCGAUAAGGCACAUCUGAGGCUUGCUGCUGCAAAGGCAGUUCUUCGUCUGUCGAAGCACUGGGAUCAUAAGAUUCCUACUGAUAUCUUCCACUUGACUUUGAGAGUAGCCGAGAGUUCUUUCCCAGAAGCUAGGAAAAUCUUUCUUAGCAAAGUUCAUCAAUAUAUAAAGGACCGCCUUGUUGAUGCAAAAUAUGCUUGUGCGUUCUUGUUGAAUCCGAUAGAAUCUGAGCAGCUUGAUUUUGAAGAGGAAAAGCAAAACCUUGUUGAUAUUAUUCAAAUGCAUUUGCAAGCAAAGGCACGGCAAGUGUCCUUACAAAAUGAUGCAAGUCCCUUGACAGCUUUUCCUGAAUACAUUCUGCCACACGUGGUCCAUUCACUUGCCCAUAUAUCUUGUCCUGAUGUAGAUGAAUGCAAAGAAGUUAAAGCAUUUGAGCCAAUAUACCGGCAACUAUACUUGUUUCUUUCUUUGCUGAUGCAUAAAGAGGAAGAAGCCAAGUCAGAGACUGGGACCAAGGAGAAGGAGAAUGUUUCUGUGAUUGCUUCUUUGUUUAAGGCGAUUAAGGGCUCAGAAGAUAUUGUGGAUAUGGCAAAAACAAAGAAUUCACAUGCUGUUUGUGAACUUGGGUUGAUGAUCGUCAAGCGCUUGGCUUCCAAAGAGGAUGACGUACAGGUGUUGGCUUCGCCUGUUACCCUGCCUUCAUUGCUGUACAAACCAUAUGAGAAGAAAGAAGAUGGCUCUCAGGCAGAUGAAGAGAAGACAUGGUUGGCUGAUGAGAGUGUCAUAACUCAUUUUCAGUCACUUGAGUUAGAAACCAGUCAAACAAAACUGGUUCCAGCCCCAGCUACCACUGAGGAGGAAGUUAAAAAAGACAGCAACAUAGAAGAAAAUGAAGAGCCACUUGGUGAGAUGUUAAAACAUUUGAAGGGUAAGGGAGCAAAAAGUGGGAGGGCUAAGAAAGAGAAGUCUUCAUCAGCUAAAGCCAAAAGCAUUGAGAAUGAUUUUGAUAUUUUGAGUAUGGUACGGGAAAUAAAUAUGGAUGCUGUGGUACCAUCUGGUAAGUUUGAGUCAAGCAACGGUCAUGAGCGUGCUCCAAUUGAGAAGAAGAAAUCACUAUCAGAACAAAAAGGGGAGAAGAGAAAGGCACUUGAGGUAGAAUCUGUCCCAGUACCUAAGCGCAGGAGGUCAGCGGCUGUUAGAUUAUCCCAGAGUCCAAUGAAGACUCCUUCUAGAGCUUUAGUGGAAGACUCAAGCCCUGAUUUUAAGAACAUAGUUUCUUUUCCAAGAAAGAUGGGUAAAAGCGGGGACUCUGACUUUUUGGUAUCAUGCGUUAGAAAGAGCAGAAAUUCGACACCAAAGAAGGAAUUCAAAAAGGCUGAUAAGGAUGACAGUGGUAGCGAGAAUGAAGCUAAAGAUUCUGAUGAAGAAAAUCUGACGAGCCCAAGCUGUCAUGCAGAGGCUGGUAAGAACAAGAAAGCAGAUAAUACAAAGUCACCGACUGGAUCUGUGAAGAAUCGGAAAAGAAAAAGUUCUUCAGGAUUGGUGAAGUUUGCAAAGAAGAAGAAUGGAGUGGACUUCGACGAAUUGAUUGGUUAUAGAAUAAAGAUCUGGUGGCCAAUGGAUAAGAAAUUUUAUGCAGGCACGGUCAAGUCUUACGACCCUUUAAAGGGGAAGCAUGUGAUUCUAUAUGAUGAUGGUGAUAUCGAAGUUCUUCGUUUAGAUAGGGAGCGUUGGGAACUGAUUGACAAGGGCAGAAAUACUGCAAAGAAGUUGAGUUCAUCUAAGCGUGCCCCUUCUAAGGAAGAGUCGCCCAGACCGAAGAAAAGGAGUAGAGGUAGUUCACAGCAGAACAAGAAGACCUCCACAAAGAUAACUAAGGGCAAAAGAACACCAAAGAAAAACUCCAAACAAGUCCAGAACGAGCUAGAAAAGAGCGAGCAUUCUGAUGUGUCUAAGCCAGAACUUGCCCAGCCAUCUGAUGACGAAGAAACAAAAUCUGAUGACUCUCAAGUUGAACGCAAGGAUGAAAAAACACUGUCUCUUACAGGGGACGAGGAAUCCGACAAAGAAAAUAUGUCAACUUCCCCUGUUAUACACUCAGCGGAUGAUGAAGUGGAGAAUAAGUCCAACCAUUCUGACGAUGAUGGAGAAGGUGCACAAAGCCUUGAAGUCAAAGAUUCUGAUGAUAUCGAAAGUGAAAAGCACAAAGAAGUGAAUAAUGAUUCUGGCAAGGAGGACAGUAUGAAACAUGAAGAGGAGAAAAGUGAUUCUGACGUGGAAGAAUCUCAUUCAGAAGAGGAGAAGAAGGGAGGAGAUCAGUCAGAUGAAGGAGAGGAAUCAGGUUCAGAAGAGAGUGAAGAUUCUGGCCAUGUCGACAUGGAUCAAACCGAUCCAAAAAUUCCUGAACUCUCGGAUGAUGAGCCUCUUAGCUUGUGGAAGGAUAAGGUUAGGAAAAAGCCUGCGUCAAAGCCAGCAAGCUGAAACAGGAGAAGCAUGGAAGGGUUAUUGACCUGAGCAAAGUGAACAGUCCGUGCUUUGCUUCAGUAAGUUGGUUGGUUGUUGUACCUUAGCUGGUGGUGGUGUAGAUGGUGGAUGAAGAAACGAGAGCCAAGAAAACAGAUGUAAAGAAGAGAGUGAUAAACUUACUAGGGAGGUUUCGUCUCGUCGGUUUACCAGAUGAUAAGAAAACUGUAAAGUAAAAUUUACUAAUUAGGGCAUCCCUCACCUAGCUUACAUAGAGAUUUUAGUGCCCGCUCCCCUCCCCCUGUAAUUUACCCCAGGUUAGCCAGCUGUGCAGUCAAUCAUCCUCAUCGUUGUAGUCUUUGUAAGGAUGUCCUUGUCGUCGUGGUUGUUUUCAUCUUUGUUAAUGUGUAACUUAGCUGGUAAUUUCUUAACUCUGUUUGGUUGCUGUUGUUCAUGGAAAUGAUGAAUGGUGUAGUAUUUGUUGUAGUAGGCGUUUGAUUUUGUACAGCAACAGUUGAGGGAUGCCACAAUGCUGUUCCUCCGUACAUUAUUCUUAGUGUAAAAGUAUUUGUGUUUGAUUUCUGCAAGCAGCUGUAAGAGCAAGUGAAAUUUCUGGGUUUUGGUUAUCAUAAUAUGCUGUUGAAUCGAGCUGAUUAAUGGGGUUGCCAUACAGGCUAAGUACAU